AUCUAGAAGAAAAUCAUUCCAGUCAAAGUUUAUGUGAUUUUUUUAUCAUUGCUAUUAUUUAUAUACUUAAUUAUUGUUGUAUUAUUAACCAUUAUAUGAUGGAAUCUGAAGACUCGUCGGCAUCCACGGUCUCCUCUACCGCAUGUUCGCCGGGUUCCUCACCUGCUUGUUCACCGGGCUCCUCAACUGCUGGUUCGCCGAUCGCCUCACCACAAUGUUCACCGGUCUCUUCAAUAGCUUCUUCACCCACAUCGUCACCGACCGUAUUGACCAAAUCGCCGAUUAAGAAGGCUCUAGCUGUCAAGAGGCAAACACUGGUCCAUCCGUCGACUGCCGUCAUGGUGACUACGGCCAUUAAGUCGUUAAAGGACAAGAAGGGGACCACGCUGCCCGCGAUCAAGAAAUAUAUGGCAAUUCAUUAUCAAGUGGAUUUAUCGAAAUUUGCUCCAUACAUACGCAGGUAUCUGAAGUCAGCAGUCGCCAAGGGCGGAUUGAUUCAGACGAACGGUACCGGUGCCAAUGGCAACUUCAAACUCCCGGCAGCUGAGAAAAAACCCGUUAAGAAAACAGGUGUUCCCGCGGCAAACAAGAAGAAACCGGGAACAAAAAACCCUACCUCUAAAGCACCCACUACGACGUCCACCAAGCGGAAGUCUAUCGAAGCCGGGACGACGGCCACCACCAAGGUAUCCAAAGCUAAGAAACCCAAGAAGGCUCUAACGGCUGUUGUUAAACCGAAAAUUAAGAAGAUUGUUGAAGUAGUAACCAUGGCUACACCGGCCAAGACAAAGAAGGCAGCUGGGGACGGGGACAGUAAAACCAAAAAAGCAGCUGCAGCCAGUAAAACAACAAAAGUUACUGCUGCCAGCAAAACAACAAAAGCUGCUACAGUCGGCAAAACAACAAAAGCAACUGCAGUCAGCCAAACAAAGAAUUCAAAAGUUGUCGCCAAAAAAGCAGCGCCCAAGAAAAAAUAAAAUAAAUUAUUGUGUGUAAUAUUGUUGUAAUUAAUUAUGUAAGAUUUAUUGUGUUAUUUUAAAAAGGUUCUUAUCAGAACCAACAAGUUCAAUAGAUAUGGAUAGGUACAAACUUUUUU